AUGUUUAAGAAAAAUAUGUCGUCCCAAUGGGACAGGGAUUUGGCGUCCCGUAUGGACGCACUCGACUCAUCCCGGGAUGUGAUUGAAUACUACGAUUACGACAUGAACGCCGAGUUAGUGACAAACAUCGGAAUUAAGCCGAGUUUCUUCCAAACGCCGUUCAAUCAGGAGUCAGUGGAGGGAAAGUUAGUCCGCUUUGACUGUCGGGUCGGCGGACGACCGGAACCGGAGGUCAAUUGGUUUCGCGACGGAAAGCUCAUACUCGACACCGACAGGUUUAAAGUGGUGGUCAACGAGGGAGGCGUUCACGCGCUGAUGAUAAUGGCUGUGUACCCGUGCGAUGCCGGCACCUAUACCUGUGUGGCCAGCAAUAGAGUGGGUGAGGCGUCGUUCAAAGUGUCGCUAUCGGUGGUCGAGAAGGAGCACACAAUUGCCCCGAAAUUUGUGGAACGCUUCCAAGCGGUGGACGUGAAAGAAGGCGAACCGAUAACAUUGCACUGCCGAGCGGUGGGCGCACCCCUUCCCCGCAUCACGUGGCAGAAGGACGGCGUCCAGAUAUACACCAAUUUACCCGACGUAGAGAUUAAGACAAACGAAGGCACAUCCGAUUUGAUAUUUCACCGAAUUGUGGCCAAAAACUCGGGUUGGUAUCAGUGCACUGCCCAGAAUCAGGCCGGUCUCGCCGCCACCCGAGCCAAGGUAUACGUCGAGUCCGACAGAAGAGUGCCGAUCGGCGAACCGGUUGUCAUAAAUGUGCCCAAAACUCACCGCAUUAUUGAACCCGAAAGACCCGAACCCUCGGAAACUAUUUAUUUAAAACAUGUCGAGAGAACGUAUCAAACAAUCUCCAGACCCGGCGGUCAGAGCGACGAACCGCCGCCGCAACAGAUAAUACAACAACCAAUUCAACAGCCAAUACAACCUCCGGCUCCACCGAAGCCGGCAUUUACUACACAUUUACGUGAUUUAGUGCUGACUGAAGGAGAAAGAGCUCAUUUUGACGCCAGAAUGACGCCCCUAUCGGACCCCACCAUUCAAGUUGAGUGGUAUCUCAACGGAACACUUAUUGAAUCCAGUUCUCGCGUAUUGACCACGUUCAGAUUUGGUUAUCUUGCCCUCACUAUUAUACACGUCUAUCCCGAGGAUUCAGAAUAUCAAUCCGUAAGUAACGAUUCGGGAGAAGCCGUGACGACAGCGACGUUGAAAUGCAACCCAAAGCCAACGCAACCGAAGCCAAAGAGUCCGCCAAUAGUUGAGGGCAUUGAGAAACUACAGACCGUCGAGGACUGGGAGAUAUACGCGAGAGAACAGCACAUCACCGAAGAUAGACGACCAAAGAUACCGAAACCCACAUUCGCUAAGCCGUUGGCCCUCCAGGAGGUGUCGGAGGGCGGGAACGCACGCUUCGAGGCACAGAUCACACCCGUCAACGACCCGACCCUAAGAAUUGAAUGGUUCCUAAACGGACAGCCAUUGAUGUCGGGGUCGAGAAUAAGCACUGUAUUUAGUUUCGGAUACAUAUCGCUAAACAUAUCAGAAGUGCGGCCAUCGGAUAGCGGCCUAUAUAUGGUUCGGGUGACCAAUUCUGGUGGAGAGGCCGUAUCGACCGCAUCGCUCAAAAUCAUUGUUCAAACGACGGCUCAUAAGAGAAGUGAUGAACAAAGCUAUGAAGAGAUGAGUCAAACGAAGCGCACGAGACAUGAGUUCUUUGACCGAGAGUUAGAGCCACACCAGAAGCCGGUGUUUAAGAAACACUGUGGCGACCAAAUGGAUGUGACCGAAGGCAAGAGCGCUGUGUUUGAGGCGCUUCUCGAACCACAGGGAGACUCAACGAUGAGAGUCGAGUGGCUUAAAGACGACAAACACUUGAGCGCCAGCUCUAGAAUCACUCCGUUCUUCAAUUUUGGUUACGUUUCGCUCACAAUCAGAGACGUCGACAGUCGAGACGCCGGGGUCUACACCUGUGUGGCCACCAAUAGUGUGGGUUCCGCCAGAUCUGGCGCCCGACUCACGUCCUUAAGGGAGAAGACAUUGAUCUAUGAGAGCAGCGAUUUGGAG